AUGGACGGUGGUCGGAGGAAGAUCAGGCGGACUACGAACGCAUGCAUACCGUGUCGGACGAGCAAAAUCAAGUGCACUGGUGAUGAGCCAUGUGCAAACUGUAGACGACGCGUGGUCAGAUGCAAGUAUGAGGAUUCGGGCACCAAGGCAUCGUCUUCAGAGAGAUCGAUUCACGUCAGAAGCGAAGAUGAUAGAGAAAGAAGAGCCUCGGACGUGUGUUCGACCGGAAGCAAGAGAUCGUGUGAUGCUGCUUUCGGCUCCGAGAACGAUGACGACGUAUCGUCACCAAGAAGAGGUUCAAGAAUAGUCCAAUCUAGCGAUGAAACACAUUGUGUAUACACAAGUCCCUUCACGUUGCCGUCCACGACGAUCCGAAACACUCACCAAAACAAACGAAACUGGAUCUGGCUGGCACCGUCUUCAACAUGGUCUUUUACCGCCCGACUUACUCUGAUGAUGGCGGAGAAGCUCCAGCAUGAAACUCCCUUCAGUGCGCCGAGCUUCCUCAACGACGAAAUAUAUACUCUAAAGUGGAGUGCCGCAGGCGCAGAUGAGCCGCCUAAUAUCAAAGGUCUUCCUUCCAUUGAGCAUGCUCUUUAUUUAUACAGCACAGUGAAAUUUCACCUGGGUCAGAACUAUCAAUUUCUCGAUGACGAGGUAUUCGUCCAGAAUGUCAAUGAGUUCUACUAUGGUAAUCCCGUUCAAAAAGCAGCCGAGUCGCGGCUGUGGUUUGUUCAGUUUUUGUUGGUCUUGUCAUUCGGGCAAGCCUUUCUUUCGAGAUCGAAAACCCCCAAAGAGCCGCCAGGCUCCAAGUUUUUCAUUCGUGCGAUGUCACUUUUGCCUGAUCCCUCGCUGUUGUGGAAGGACAGCCUUCUUGCAAUCGAGGUUCUGGCCCUAGCCGGUCUGUACUUAUACUCAAUUUAUCAAAGAGACUUUCUCGACGAGACUGAGCUGACGUUCAUUUCCACAUUCAAGGUUGCCCAGGCAAUACGGAUAGCCCAGUUGGAAGGCCUACACACCCAGCUGCCCGAAGAAGCCUUAGGAUCUGACACAGUAGCCCGCUGUCGGAAGCUGUGGUGGACUCUUUACAUCAUGGACCGCCACUUUUCAUGCUCAUUGGGCGUUCCGAUGAAUACUCAGGAUAUUGACAUUACAACUCUGCUCGAUCCGCCCAGCAUGGCAUCACCUCAGGACACAACUCUGGGUUUGAGAGUAAAGCUAUCUCAUCUGCUUUCCUCCAUCAUCAACACCGUUUACAAAUCUGAAAAGACCCCGUUAGGCAAGUUUCUUGAGGAAACAAAGUCAAUUCUACACACUCUGGCAGGACAUGCCCAGGAGAUCGAAAAGAUCACUCGUGUCAAAUUUCAAAACUCGGUGGACACGAUGCCAAAAGGAACGAGAGAUAUUACUCUUCUAUACCAUCAAUGCGUGGUCAUCGCCACACGGCCACUACUUCUGUCAGCGCUUAAACAACGACUCGACCACUUUGGCCGAGGACUACCGGACCUGGAGGACUUCAUGGCUCCACUUAUCCCGUUGAUGUCAACAGGAAUCAAGUCAGCAGUUAAGACACUCCAGAUCCUCUCUGGAGAGGAUACUCUAAUCGAGGUCUUCCUUCCUUUCGAUCUUGAAUACGCAUACGGUGCGGCGAUUCAUCUCACCAUUGCAAAUGCCUUAUUUCCAUCUACAACCGAAAUAGACGGGCCAACACACGGCAGAGAAGCACAUGCAAUCUUGGAUGACAUGAUCCACAAGGGCAACUCCGUGGCUGAAGUACGAAAGGCUGAGUUGACUCAUCUGGAAUUUCUUUUCAAUGAAUUUGCCAUGCGGGCUAACCAACCUGGCGUUCAAACCUCGAGGCCCCGUGUUCGUUCGCUUCAACUGCGGCCAUUCCCAAGUAUCUGGGAGUCUUCAACCGCGGAACCUGAUUUGGCUUCCAUUACUACGCUCAGCGAGCCUCAGCCCCUGGUUUGCGCACCAGAAACGCCGAACAACGCCGAGUUCCUUGAUAGUAUUGGAAUAUCAUCCGAUGAUUUCUUGUCUAUUGUGGAACAGAUGGGUGAUCACGAUGAUGCGGAUCUACCCUUCGCCAUGCUUGAUUUGUCUCAAUUCUGGAAAUAA